GCUAUCUUUCAGAGGAAUGAGCUAGUUCUAAUGCUCCUGCAGCUGAAUCAUGAAAAGGCUAAUCUGCUACGGUGGAAGGACUAUUUUAGCGAACAAAUUACGCACCUCUUGCCUACUGCCGAAACGGAUUCAAAAGCUCGCAAGGAGAUAGAUUCUCUACGUCUGGAAUUGAAGGAUGUUGAGGGACAGCUGAAGAGCUGCACACCCAUCAUUACCUUUUUAAACAACAAGAUCCGCCUAAAUGAUGUCUACGCUGGUGACGGAUUGGAUUAUGAAAAGCCAAGUAGGUCGUUCUCUCGUCGAAAAAGCAUCGAAUUCCUGCGUCGUGAGGAGGAGCGGGAAGUAGCUCGCGCUCUUCAGGCUGAGAUGCGGCAAGACACUAGGGCGCUUUCGCAAACCUACGGUAUUGUGACAUCGGCAGAUAUGCUAGAGGGUCGACGUCAAUCAGUGGUAGGGUUGGAUCACACUCUGCGGCUUUUGGACUAUCCUGAAGACGCAGCACUCAGGGAGCGAAGACUUCAGCUUGAGGCGGAGGUGAAACAACUUGAUGACCUCUGGCGCGAAGUCUGUGACUUUACACCGAAACCAUCUCCAACCACUCCGAAAGCCAUGAGCUCCACCUCUCGUCGACAAAAAUCCACCGUGAGCAAACGUGUCGCCAGUCACCGACAGGAUGCCUCCAAUGUCACUCGCCCUCAAUCCGCCUGCGAAAUGGGCGAUUUGGCACAUCUGCCGCGUCGCAGGAAAAGCAGUUUGCAUGAAAUUGAUCCCACGUCUCUACGCUCAGCCGAUGUGGGACGCAAACCUCGCAGUCAGUCGCAGGUCACUUUGAAUCGACUUGGCGUUGGUGGUCUCCAUGAGCACUCCCUCAUACUAUCGCAAUCAAUGGGCAAAAUUCUCUCUUCUAGACCUUCCUCAGCCACUCCCGAUCGGCAAUCAGACAAUCGUAGACAGCACCGCGUUUCGGAGAGUUCGAAUGCCUUCCAGCAGCCCAAAGACACCGAACCACGUGCAUCCACCUUCUUGACACAGCCCGCUCUAGUUGCGCAAUCACGAUGGAAGCUCUCGCCAAAUGAAGAAGAGGAUUCUUCAUCCACCUCUUUACUCUCCUCUCCACCACCGCCGCUUCCUCCCCCUCCUCCCAUUCCAGCCAAAUCCACAAGUCGAAAGGGUGUAGAUUCCUCAAGAAGUACUUCUCAAAUGAAUCGCUGGAAAAGCUUUGGGGACAACCUUAUGAAUGUGGAUCCGGAAUUGAAACCGAAGACGGGAGAAAGAAAGGUAUUUGAGAAGACCAAUAAAUUCACCCGCAAACCUAAAAAGGCAGGAAGUGGUGAGUACAUUUUGAAACUGGUUAAAUCGUUUUGUGCUGGCCAGUCAACGCGGUGCCUCAGAGAGACCGACUCAACUUCCACACCAAGUGAAGAUCCAUACGAGGAAACGCCUUUCGUGGACUCCCAAUAUCUGACACCAAGAUCUCUAGCAUCCAACGAGACCCAAAGCUUGCACGCCUCAACAAGUAAAGGUAGACGAAACCCCGAGGAGGAGCCCUUGCCUCGCACCUCCAUUACAGCCGCAGUUGACUACACUCCAAGUGAAGCAGCCUACGACACCACUGAAGAUACCGACACCCAGACAUAUCCGCCGAGGUUAACCGAACGUCCAAAUAAUUUGCGAGCACUACCUCUACCCCGACCCGUGUAUCCCUCUGAUGAGCGUCAAAAUGGUAGUUGGAAUAAACUCCAAACACUGCCCACGUCGGUGUUUAGCGCCUUCCGAGUGCCGGAGAAGUCCACUAGGCGCUAUCGAACUCAGACCACAGCACUUUAA